AUGGCACAGGCACUUCUGGCACCCCCAGGACCUGAAAGCUUCCGCCUUUUUACUAGAGAAUCUCUUGCUGCUAUCGAAAACCGUGCUGCAGAAGAGAAAGCCAAGAAACCCAAGAGAGAACAAGACAACGAUGACGAGAACAAACCAAAGCCAAACAGUGACUUGGAAGCUGGAAAGAACCUUCCAUUUAUUUAUGGAGACAUCCCUCCAGGGAUGGUGUCAGAGCCACUGGAGGACCUGGACCCAUACUAUAUCAAUAAGAAAACUUUUAUAGUAUUGAAUAAAGGGAAGGCAAUUUUCCGAUUCAGUGCCACCUCUGCCUUGUAUAUUUUAACUCCGCUAAACCCUGUUAGGAAAAUUGCUAUUAAGAUUUUGGUACAUUCUUUAUUCAGCAUGCUUAUCAUGUGCACUAUUUUGACCAACUGUGUAUUUAUGACCCUGAGUAAUCCUCCAGACUGGACAAAGAAUGUAGAGUACACAUUCACUGGAAUCUAUACCUUUGAGUCACUUAUAAAAAUCUUGGCAAGAGGGUUUUGCUUAGAAGAUUUUACAUUCCUUCGUGAUCCAUGGAACUGGCUGGAUUUCAGUGUCAUUGUGAUGGCAUAUGUGACAGAGUUUGUGGACCUGGGCAAUGUCUCAGCGUUGAGAACAUUCAGAGUUCUCCGAGCACUGAAAACAAUUUCAGUCAUUCCAGGUUUAAAGACCAUCGUGGGUGCCCUGAUCCAGUCUGUGAAGAAGCUUUCUGACGUCAUGAUCUUGACUGUGUUCUGUCUGAGCGUGUUUGCUCUAAUUGGUCUGCAGCUGUUCAUGGGCAACCUGCGGAAUAAAUGUUUGCAAUGGCCCCCAAGCGAUUCUGCUUUUGAAACCAACACCACCUCCUUCUUUAAUGGCACAAUGAAUUCAAAUGGGACAUUUGUUAAUGUAACAAUGAGCACAUUUAACUGGAAGGAUUACAUUGAAGAUGACAGUCACUUUUAUGUUUUGGAUGGACAAAAAGACCCUUUACUCUGUGGAAAUGGCUCAGAUGCAGGCCAGUGUCCGGAAGGAUACAUCUGUGUGAAGGCUGGUCGAAACCCCAACUAUGGCUACACAAGCUUCGACACUUUUAGCUGGGCUUUCUUGUCUCUAUUUCGACUCAUGACUCAAGACUACUGGGAGAACCUUUACCAGCUGACGUUACGUGCUGCUGGAAAAACAUACAUGAUAUUUUUUGUCCUGGUGAUUUUCUUGGGCUCUUUUUAUUUGGUGAAUUUGAUCCUGGCUGUGGUAGCCAUGGCCUAUGAAGAACAGAAUCAGGCCACCUUAGAAGAGGCAGAACAGAAAGAGGCUGAAUUUCAGCAAAUGCUCGAACAGAUUAAAAAGCAACAGGAAGAAGCUCAGCAAGCCAGUUGUGAAACAGCAGCAGCUGCUUCAAGAGAUUUCAGUGGAAUCGGUGGGUUAGGAGAGCUCUUGGAAAGCUCCUCAGAAGCAUCAAAAUUAAGCUCGAAAAGUGCUAAGGAGUGGAGGAACCGAAGAAAGAAAAGAAGGCAGAGGGAGCAUCUUGAAGGAAACAACAAAGGAGCGGGAAACAGGUUUCCCAAAUCUGAAUCUGAGGACAGUGUCAAAAGAAGAAGCUUCCUUUUCUCCAUGGAUGGAAAUCGACUGACUAGUGACAAGAAAUUCUACUCCCCUCAUCAGUCUCUAUUAAGUAUCCGUGGCUCCCUGUUUUCCCCACGACGCAAUAGCAAAACAAGUAUUUUCAGCUUCAGAGGUCGGGCAAAGGAUAUUGGUUCUGAAAAUGACUUUGCUGAUGAUGAACACAGUACAUUUGAAGACAGCGAGAGCAGGAGAGACUCACUGUUUGUGCCAUACAGACACGGAGAGCGACGCAACAGUAACGUUAGUCAGGCCAGUAUGUCAUCCAGGAUGGUGCCAGGGCUUCCAGCAAAUGGGAAGAUGCACAGCACUGUGGAUUGCAAUGGUGUGGUUUCCUUGGUGGGUGGACCAUCAGCUCUAACCUCACCUACUGGACAACUUCCGCCAGAGGUGAUAAUAGAUAAGCCAGCAGUGUUUGGUUUGCAGGGUACCACCACUGAAACAGAAAUCAGAAAGAGAAGGCUAAGUUCUUACCAGAUUUCAAUGGAGAUGCUAGAGGAUUCCUCCGGAAGACAAAGAGCCAUGAGCAUAGCCAGCAUCCUGACUAACACAAUGGAGGAGCUUGAAGAAUCUAGGCAGAAAUGUCCACCAUGCUGGUAUAGAUUUGCCAAUGUGUUCUUGAUCUGGGACUGCUGUGAUCCGUGGUUAAAAGUAAAGCAUCUUGUGAAUUUAAUUGUUAUGGAUCCAUUUGUUGAUCUUGCCAUCACUAUUUGCAUUGUCUUAAAUACCCUCUUCAUGGCCAUGGAGCACUACCCAAUGACUGGUCAAUUCAGUAGUGUGUUGACUGUAGGAAACCUGGUCUUCACUGGAAUCUUCACAGCAGAAAUGGUCCUCAAGAUCAUUGCCAUGGAUCCAUAUUAUUAUUUCCAAGAGGGCUGGAAUAUCUUUGAUGGAAUUAUUGUCAGCCUUAGUUUAAUGGAACUUGGCCUGGCAAAUGUGGAGGGACUGUCUGUACUGAGAUCGUUCAGACUGCUUCGAGUUUUCAAGCUGGCAAAAUCCUGGCCCACCCUGAAUAUGCUAAUUAAGAUCAUUGGCAAUUCAGUGGGGGCUCUAGGUAACCUCACCUUGGUGUUGGCCAUCAUCGUCUUCAUUUUUGCCGUGGUCGGCAUGCAGCUCUUUGGUAAGAGCUACAAAGAAUGUGUCUGCAAGAUCUCUAGUGACUGUCAGCUCCCACGCUGGCACAUGAAUGACUUCUUCCACUCCUUCCUGAUUGUGUUCCGAGUGCUGUGUGGAGAGUGGAUAGAGACCAUGUGGGACUGCAUGGAGGUCGCCGGUCAAGCCAUGUGCCUUAUUGUUUUCAUGUUGGUCAUGGUCAUUGGAAACCUUGUGGUUCUGAACCUCUUUCUGGCCUUAUUGUUGAGUUCAUUUAGCUCAGACAAUCUUGCUGCCACUGAUGAUGAUAAUGAAAUGAACAAUCUCCAGAUUGCAGUAGGAAGGAUGCAAAAGGGAAUUGAUUAUGUGAAAAAUAAGAUACAGGAGUGUUUCCAAAAAACCUUUUGCAGAAAGCCAAAAGUUAUCGAAGUCCAUGAAGGCAACAAAAUAGAAAGAUGUGUGUCCAACAAUACUGGAAUUGAAAUAAGCAAAGAGCUUAAUUAUCUUAAGGAUGGGAAUGGAACCACCAGUGGUGUAGGUACUGGAAGCAGUGUUGAAAAAUAUGUAAUUGAUGAAAAUGAUUAUAUGUCGUUCAUAAAUAAUCCCAGCCUCACUGUAACAGUGCCAAUUGCUGUUGGAGAGUCUGACUUUGAAAACUUAAAUACUGAAGAGUUCAGCAGUGAGUCAGAACUAGAAGAAAGCAAAGAGAAAUUAAAUGCAACCAGCUCAUCUGAAGGAAGUACAGUUGAUGUUGCUCCGCCCCGAGAAGGUGAACAAGCUGAAAUGGAACCCGAGGAAGACCUUAAGCCAGAAGCUUGUUUUACUGAAGGAUGUAUUAAAAAGUUUCCAUUCUGUCAAGUAAGUAUAGAAGAAGGCAAAGGAAAAGUCUGGUGGAAUCUUCGGAAAACCUGCUAUAGCAUUGUUGAACACAACUGGUUUGAGACUUUCAUUGUCUUCAUGAUCCUUCUCAGUAGUGGUGCUUUGGCUUUUGAAGAUAUAUACAUUGAACAACGAAAAACUAUCAAAACCAUGCUAGAAUAUGCUGACAAGGUCUUCACUUAUAUAUUCAUCCUGGAAAUGCUUCUCAAAUGGGUAGCUUAUGGAUUUCAAACCUAUUUCACUAAUGCCUGGUGCUGGCUAGAUUUCUUGAUUGUUGAUGUUUCUUUGGUUAGCUUGGUAGCCAAUGCUCUCGGUUACUCAGAACUUGGUGCCAUCAAAUCCCUACGGACAUUAAGAGCUUUAAGACCACUGAGGGCUUUAUCCCGGUUUGAAGGCAUGAGGGUGGUUGUGAAUGCUCUUGUUGGAGCAAUUCCCUCUAUCAUGAACGUGCUGUUGGUUUGCCUCAUCUUCUGGCUGAUCUUUAGCAUCAUGGGUGUGAAUUUGUUUGCUGGCAAGUUCUACCACUGUGUAAACACGACAACUGGUAACAUGUUUGAAGUUAGUGAAGUUAACAAUUUGAGUGAUUGUCAGGCUCUUGGCAAGAAAGCUCGGUGGAAAAACGUGAAAGUAAACUUUGAUAAUGUUGGCGCUGGCUAUCUCGCAUUGCUUCAAGUGGCCACAUUUAAAGGCUGGAUGGAUAUUAUGUAUGCAGCUGUUGAUUCACGAGAUGUUAAACUUCAGCCUGUAUAUGAAGAAAAUCUGUAUAUGUACUUAUACUUUGUCAUCUUUAUCAUCUUUGGGUCAUUCUUCACUCUGAAUCUAUUCAUUGGUGUCAUCAUAGAUAACUUCAACCAACAGAAAAAGAAGUUUGGAGGUCAAGACAUAUUUAUGACAGAGGAACAAAAAAAAUAUUACAAUGCAAUGAAGAAACUUGGGUCCAAGAAACCUCAGAAACCCAUACCUCGGCCUGCAAACAAAUUCCAAGGAAUGGUCUUUGAUUUUGUAACCAGACAAGUUUUUGAUAUCAGCAUCAUGAUCCUUAUCUGCCUCAAUAUGGUCACCAUGAUGGUAGAAACUGAUGACCAGAGCAAAUAUAUGACUCUAGUCUUGUCCCGGAUCAACCUUGUGUUCAUUAUCCUGUUUACUGGAGAAUUUGUGCUGAAACUUGUCUCCCUCAGAUACUACUACUUCACCAUAGGCUGGAACAUCUUUGAUUUUGUGGUGGUGAUUCUCUCCAUUGUAGGUAUGUUUCUCGCUGAGCUGAUAGAGAAAUAUUUUGUGUCCCCUACCCUGUUCCGAGUGAUCCGUCUUGCCAGGAUUGGCCGAAUCCUGCGUCUGAUCAAAGGGGCCAAGGGGAUCCGCACGCUGCUCUUUGCUUUGAUGAUGUCCCUUCCUGCGUUGUUUAACAUCGGCCUCCUGCUCUUCCUGGUCAUGUUCAUCUACGCCAUCUUUGGAAUGUCCAACUUCGCCUAUGUUAAAAAGGAAGCUGGAAUUGAUGACAUGUUCAAUUUUGAAACUUUUGGCAACAGCAUGAUCUGCCUGUUCCAGAUUACCACCUCUGCUGGCUGGGAUGGAUUGCUAGCACCUAUUCUCAACAGUGCACCACCUGACUGUGACCCUGACACAAUUCACCCUGGCAGCUCUGUUAAGGGAGAUUGUGGGAACCCAUCUGUGGGGAUCUUCUUUUUUGUCAGUUACAUCAUCAUAUCAUUUCUGGUCGUAGUGAACAUGUACAUUGCUGUCAUCCUGGAGAACUUCAGUGUUGCUACUGAAGAAAGUGCAGAGCCCCUGAGUGAGGAUGACUUUGAGAUGUUCUAUGAGGUCUGGGAGAAGUUUGAUCCCGAUGCCACCCAGUUCAUAGAGUUCUCCAAGCUCUCUGAUUUUGCGGCCGCCCUGGAUCCUCCUCUUCUCAUAGCAAAACCAAACAAAGUCCAGCUCAUUGCUAUGGAUCUGCCCAUGGUCAGUGGGGACAGGAUCCACUGCCUCGACAUUUUAUUUGCCUUUACAAAGCGUGUUUUGGGUGAAAGUGGAGAGAUGGAUGCCCUUCGAAUACAAAUGGAAGAUCGGUUCAUGGCAUCGAACCCCUCCAAAGUCUCCUAUGAGCCCAUUACAACCACUUUGAAACGCAAACAAGAGGAGGUAUCUGCUGCUAUCAUUCAGCGUAAUUUCAGAUGUUAUCUUUUAAGGCAAAGGUUAAAGACGGUAUUAAGUGAGUAUAACAAAGAGGCAAUCAAAGGGAGGAUUGAUUUACCUAUAAAAGACAACAUGAUUAUUGACAAAUUAAAUGGGAACUCCACCCCAGAAAAAACAGAUGGAAGUUCCUCUACCACCUCUCCUCCUUCCUAUGAUAGUGUAACAAAGCCAGACAAUGAAAAGUUUGAGAAAGACAAACCAGAAAAAGAAAGCAAAGGGAAAGAGGUGAGGGAAAAUCAAAAGUAA